AAAACAAGUAUUGUUUGUGUUGUUUCUUGUUGCUUAUAAAAGAGGAGUAGAAGAAGGAAGACAUUGAGGAAUUCUCAACAAGAUAGAUGGCAAAGACUGUGAAAUUGGAUGAUGACUUAGUUGCGGAGAUCAUCUCUCGCCUGCCUUUCAAGCUUGCGAUUCAAUGUAAACUUAUUAGCAAGAGAUUCAACAGUUGGAUUUCGAACCCUAAAUUUUCUCAAACUUUGUUCCAACAUGAUCGAAAGGUCUGGACACUAGCCCUGCCUCCUACAUCCUUUGACGUGUCCCGUGACUUGCAGAAAAUCUUCAGAGACCUGAUUAUUAUCCCACACAGACUUGUUCAAUCGAAAGAGACUUGUGCACUCUAUAGUGUUUUUGUGUUGGCGGUAUGCAGGGGUCUUCUUCUCCUAGUGUUUCCUGGAGUUGGGAUGUUUUGCGUGUUCAAUCCUAUAACCAGAGCCCAUCAGUUGAUACCAUACCGGGGGCACUAUAGUCUCGAGAGACUUGGUGAUGCAGGCUUAUUUGUUGAUUACCCUGCUUCAGAUCUAUAUAAAUUGGUUACCGUGGAGUGGCUGGAUGAAGGAAAAGGGUAUAGUUUUCACGUAUUUUCAUCAUCUUCGAAAGAGAGAUUUGGAUUGUGGCGUCAAGUCCAAAUAAGAAUGAUCCCCAGCAGCAGCAAAGAUAUUAAACCACCACCACCUGCUUAUGUGCAAGAUGAUUCUUUGCAUUGGCUCAACUCUGAUAUACGUGUGCUUGCUUUUGAUGCGAAGAGAGAAGAAGCUACAUUUCUUGACCCUCCUCCUGAGUUCGUCAAUCAUAUUCGUAAGUACAUAAAUCCAAAGGGCCGCCGCCGCAGAUUUAGGUAGACUCUAUGCUCUACCUAUAAAAAGUUAGUGAUGGUGCAAGGACAACUUACUCUUGUUGGCACCUACAAGGACUCAACAAAGAUUGCAGCUUAUGAUUUUGAAACAAGUAACUGGACAGUUUGCCCCACUUUGGCGAAAACCAUUUGGUCUCUACUUCCAAUCUGCAUUGAUGGCAAACAGGUGAUAUUCCUAGCAGUUGGUGGAUAUCUGUACGAGUAUGAUUCUGAAACGAGAAUACUAAAAAAGCCUGCAGUUUGUAAAGAAGUGGAAGGAAUUCCCAAGUCCACGUAUUCCUUUAAACCAUCGUUAGCCCCAGUCCAUGAGACACUCUCCACAACAGUUGAUGCUAAACAUCUGCCACGUAUUACUGCAGCGUUAGAUGAGCUUGGAAGAUGUAUUACAAAAGGUAUGAAUUAAUUAGUAUCACUUCAAUUUUCUGUUUUAUUUUAAAUGUUGCACACCAUAGACCCCCUUGUGUUUUUGCUUCUUGCUAUCUACCUAAAUAGACUAAAGGCGGCGUCUUUUUUGUGUUUCAUUAGUUCUUUCUAUCUAUCAAAGGUUGGGGUUAGCUAUUCCUGUCAAAAUUCAGAUCUUUUAUUUAUUUAUUUUAAAGUUUUUCCAUUCCCCUUGUGUCUCAACUGGG